GGCACUCGCAAUUCCUUUAGCGGUUGCCGCCUCAGUCACAUUUGCAACUGCCAGCCGUGUUGUUAUCUGCUCUCGGUUUCUACUUAUUUCUUGUCUGGCCGCUAGUUGCGUGUUCGAAACAUUUCGCGCUAGUGAUUAUUGCUUUUGGCAAUUUUGAUAGUUGUUUUAUUUUUUCUAGUUUAACAUAUUUUUGUUGUUAUUAGUUCAGCCCCAGCAAAUCGGAGGGCAAACAUUCGUUGCCAAGUGAUAGUUGAGUUGCGUCAGAAAACUAAAAAAGAAAUUAAAAACAAACAAACAAAAUGAGUUUACAGUCUAUUAAAUAUGCUCCGGGAAAAUUGGAUAUUUUGGAUCAGCUGUUGCUGCCAGUACAGUCGAAAUACGUAGCCGUGAAAGGUGUCGAGGAUGGUUGGAAAGCCAUUAAUAAAAUGCAGGUCCGUGGCGCACCAGCCAUCGCCAUUGUGGGUUGUCUCUCCCUGGCUGUGGAAAUAUUACCCGAACAAUUUGAUUCCAAAAAAUCACUACGACAAGAGAUCGAGGGCAAACUGAAUUACCUGGUAUCGGCGCGUCCCACGGCCGUGAACAUGAAAAUUGCCGCUGACGAGCUAAUCGCCCUAGCAAAUGAGCUGACGAAAGACGAAGCGAUUGAUGUACAAGAAAUGAAACAGAGAUUUUUGGCUGCCACCGAAGCGAUGCUGCAGAAAGACAUUGCCGACAAUAAGGCGAUUGGCACAAAUGGUGCCGCUGCCAUUUUGGAUAUUAGCGGUAAAGACUCAUCUGUACGUGUGCUGACACAUUGCAAUACUGGCUCCUUGGCUACUGCGGGCUAUGGCACAGCAUUGGGUGUGGUGCGGAAGUUGCAUGAACUGAAAAAAUUAGAGCACGUCUACUGCACGGAGACACGUCCAUAUAAUCAAGGCGCGCGCCUAACCGCCUACGAGCUGGUGCACGAUAAACUUCCGGCCACGCUGGUCUUGGACAGCAUGGUGGCGGCGUUGAUGCGUGCCAAAAAUAUUGCUGCCGUCGUCGUUGGCGCUGAUCGGGUGGCUGCCAACGGGGAUACGGCCAACAAAAUUGGUACUUAUCAAAUUGCCGUUGUGGCCAAGCAUCACGGUGUGCCUUUCUUUGUCGCCGCGCCGCUGACAUCGAUUGAUUUGCAAAUUCCCAGCGGCGAUCACAUUAUCAUCGAGGAGCGGCCCGAUCGCGAGAUGACACAUGUGGGCGAGCACAGAAUAGCAGCACCAGGCAUCAACUGUUGGAAUCCAGCCUUCGAUGUCACGCCAGCUUCGCUCAUUUCGGGUAUUAUAACGGAGCGUGGUGUCUUCAGUCCACAGCAUCUGAAGCAUGAGAUUAGCGCCGUGUUGGGCGUGUGAAUUUUUUCGUAAUAAAAGUAUAUUUAUAUAAUAAAACUUAAUUACAUGAAAUAUGGCCUUUGUUGAGAGAAGGUGCCUGCUUGUUACGCUUCCAUUAUGUGCGUACAGAAAGCUUUUUUUUUAUUAUUUGACUUGAUUUCAUAACAAAUACAAAUAUUUUGUAAAUGCUAUGCAAAUGUCAGUGAAUUUCUUAGCUUUAAGUUGUGAUAUGUAAACACAGAAUCCGCCUAAUUGUUGCUCCACAUCAAUAAAACGAAACAAAAAAUACGUACAA